CAUUGGGAGACCAUGUUUCUGUACAACAAGCAGCGAGAGGCGGGAACCCCGGUCAUUAUCGACAGUCUGACGGGAGUCUACAGCAAGCGGAAGUACAAUAGCUCCAACCAGAGUUGUGAGCUGACAGCCAUGUCGGAGGAAGAGAUCAGCCAGGUCACAACAGCUGACGGGUAUCACCGCAGAACAACAUUAGUCAACAAACAGCUCCCGGGACCUACCAUUGUGGUGUGGAAGGGGGCGCAGGUCGCUGUUACUGUGACGAACAAACUGAUACAGGAAGGCGUGGCGAUCCACUGGCAUGGUAUCACCCAGCACAACACACCCUGGAUGGACGGGGUGGGCAGCGUGUCACAGUGUCCUAUCAGUCCUGGGGAGAGCUUUACUUACAGGUUCACUGCGUCUGAAGGGGGUACCCACUGGUGGCACGCCCACCUGGGCACCUUCAGAACGGACGGACUGUACGGGGCGCUUAUAGUACUGGAGAACGACACUUCGUCAAAGCCGCCCCUGCCAGUAUUUCAUCAGGAGUUUCUGAUGCUGCUGCACGACUGGCAGAGAGAGGACUCACUGGACACGUACCUGCGUGUGGAGUGGGAGGCAACCAGGUUUUCUCACGGCUAUGGAGACACCAAUACGUGUAGGAAGAGACUAACACAGGCUGACGGCACGGACCUGGGACCGGUCCAUUUUACCUCAGGCCUCAUCAACGGAAAAGGUCGUAGCUAUGACGACAACGACAAUGCGGAGAAUAGGUUCGUGCCUCUGGAAAAGUUCAGUGUGGAGGGGAACAUGACGUAUCGCUUCCGGGUCAUCAGCGCCGCCAUGAUGUUUCCCUUCCGGGUGUCCGUGGACCAGCACGAGUUGACCUUGAUCGCCACGGAUGGAGACAGGAUCGUUGAGCAGACAGCGGAGUCGUUCAUCAUUAACACAGGCGAGCGGUACGAUUUUUACAUCACAACCGACCAGACUCCUGGUAACUACUGGAUCCGUGCGGACACCAUCGAACUGUAUGCAGACAAUAUGCCGGUAAACAGACAACACCAUACUGAGGCUAUACUACAUUAUGAAGGAGCUCCAGACGCUGAACCGACCUCCCAGCGGAAAACCUGCACAGCGAAUGACACCUGUGUCGUCGUCAACUGUCCCUUCAGGCAGUACGGAGACCAGUCAAUGCACAUCGAGUGCCUGCCGGUCAGCGAGCUUCGGUCCCCUGAUAACCAGUCCGUCCCAUUGUCGGAGUCUGGGGACAAGUGGGAGGAACAUUUCAUCAAUUUCCACUUCGCUGGGUCUGAUAUAAACCCAGGCCAGAGGUCAUCCGUCAAUGGUCAUCGGUUUGUUCUGCCGUCGUCACCCCCACAGGUCACCGGUGACAAGGGUCUGGUGCCAUGUACCGACGAGCUUUGCGGCGGGGAGAAGUAUUGUGACUGUAGCUAUCACGUGACCAUCACCCCUGGCAACGUCGUGCAGAUGGUCCUCUACAACAUGGGCUCAGGAGCAGGUCUUGCCGGUACAGCCCACCCUGUUCACAUCCACGGACACCACUUCUACGUGUUAGAUAUGGGAUUCCCGGAGUACAACAGCAGCGAUGGUCGCUACAGUAGCCAGAACCCUGACAUCGACUGUGGCACGUCAGAAAGGUGUAACGCAAAGCGAUGGGCGGACCAGUCGUGGGAGGGCGGGAACAAGCCGGGACUGAACCUACGGGACCCGCCGAUGAAGGACACGGUGAUCGUGCCUGUGGGAGGGUACGUGGUCAUCAGAUUUACGGCGGAUAACCCAGGCUGGUGGUUUGUCCACUGUCACAUAGAGAUCCAUCAGGUGGAGGGGAUGGCCAUGAUGAUCAGGGAGGGGACACAGGGACAGAUGAACCCCCCACCCCCGGGAUUCCCCACCUGUGGGGAAUUCCAUUGGUCCUCAGCGGAGUUCGAAAGAGCAAAGAAGGGCUACAGCACGUCUUGGACCCACACCUUAUCUGUCGCGGCAGGAGGUGGUAUUGGCGCUGCAGUUGGAUUCAUAGUUGGACUUGGAGUCGGCAUCAUCUGUUACGAAUGUAGCAAGAAAAGCGCGACCUCAAAAUAGCAGACCACAGUUUGCGACA